UAAAUUCCUAAAUUUAAUUGGGGAGAAUUUACGUUAGUGUUACGAUUUAUUACUAGUAAGAAGAGUUAUUUCUGACAUUUGUAUUCCGUUAAAUAAUCUGCCAUUUCUCUCGUUAGAAUAGCUUAAAGGAUUGAUAAGCUCAUAAUGUCUGGGAACCGUCCGUCUUCUAAAAAACCCAAUGGAAAUAAUACUUCUCAAGGGAUGAUGCAACCAACAUGGGAAUUUACAAGAACUCAUGAUGAUCGGAUAUUAAGUUUACUUGAGACUGGGUUUCAAAGUGAUUUGACCCUACAACUUGGAUCGGAAGGGACAAAGGUUCCUGUACACAGAAUAUUUCUCCAGGCCGGUUCCCCAGUGUUGAAUGGAAAGAUCAAAACUUCGAUGGAGGAAUUAGUCAUUGAUAAUGUGGACAGUCGCAUCUUCAAGAUAAUGCUAAAAUAUUUGUACACUGGCAAGUCUAGCGUCAAAAUGGGCGAUGCUCUGCAAUUAAUGCAACUUGCGACGGAAUAUGAGAUCAACGGGUUAAGGGACGAUUGCGCUACUGUGCUUAAGGGAGACUUGACUUGCAAAAAUGUGCUUGGGCUGUUCCAAAGUGGGAUGGAAUAUGCUCACGGGGAAUUUAUCCAGUCAACUCUGAAAUUCAUAUGCACCAAUGCGCAAAAAAUUUUGAAACGUGAUGAAUUCCCUAACCUUCGGCUGGAGUGUUUGAUCGAAAUAAUUCAGCAGGAUUCCCUCCGGAUUACCAGCGAAAUGGAGGUGUUUCAAGCUGUGAAUCGCUGGGGCCUGGCUGAAUGUACGCGACAAGCUCUGGACCCAGAAAACUCGGAAAAUUUACGCAAAUGAAUGGCGAAGCCAUUGAAUUACAUUCGCUUCCCGUUAAUGGGCCCGGAGGAAUUUGCCUUGAACGUAACGUCAAAGAAACUCCUCAAUACUGACGAAUCGAUGGAACUUUUGACUUGUUUCCUCGUUUCGCCAGAGAGGAGAAAUAUGCUUCCACAAGGAAGAUUUAUAUCACGUCCACGCACAUACAUAUGCAAGGAUGUCUGCCUUAAAAGGAGUGUAGCAGGUGGUUAGAUUAGCUAACUGGCAUCACAUAAUUUUUAAAUGUAAUUAAAAGUAUUUGCAUAUUUAAAUACAGUAUUUUGUAUACAGUAUAAAUAUAUUUAAGCAGCAAGAACUCUGUAAAUCAUAUUGGAUUAUAUUUUUUUCAAGACUAAUAUGCAAUGAGCGACUUCUUUGUGCAAGUAUAUACAAGUAUACUCAUAGAUACUGACCUAAUUAAAAUGCCGAGCAUGGAAAUAUAAAAUAAUUGUCAUUUA